AUGAUUUGUAGAAGCAAGCAUUUUCUAUUUAGCACAGAAUAUAAAUUAUAUCUCACCUAAAAAUAAAUUAUUAUAGGAAAGGUAAUUAUCUAAUAUAUUUUUAAAGAGUGAAGAUAAUUUCAAAUAUAAAAUCUCUAUAAACCUUUCAACAAUUAUCAAAUGGACUUUUAAUAGUGACUUUACAUUAAAUGGAUUUGAGUUUUAAUGGAAGAACUCCUGGAAAACUAUAAUAUUAACUCACGAUCAAUCACUUAAUCUCAAGGAUAAUCUGGAUGGAAAAGUAACUUAUAAAGACUUAGUCAAAAUGUACAAUAUCAUACAAUUUGAAAAAUCUGGCUAUUCUAGUAAAGUAAUUAUUUAUAUUAAUAAUAGGUUUAUUUGGCUUAUUGUUGUGCAAAUCAAAAAAAGUAUUAUAUGUAAAUAUUUCCAAUCUCAGAUUUAACUUCAUAAGUAUGACUAUUUAAUUAAGUAGGAAUAUUUAAGAUUAGUAUAAAUUAUUAACUUAAAUCAUCAAAACAUUCUUAGAUAUGAAGAAUAUUUUGUUGAAGACAAGAAUUUAUAUGUUUUAACAAAUAUUUAAAAUGGAAAAACAUUAAAGGAAAGAAUAGAAGGUCCAUAUAAGAUGGAACCUUAUGAAAUUAUUGCUACUAUGAAACCUCUCCUUUUUUUUAUAAAUGACAUGAAUAAAUUAGGAUAUUUAAUUAGAGAUAUCACCUCAACAAAUAUUUUUCUAAAGAAUGAUGGAAAAAUUCUCAUUACAGAUUUUGAAAUCUUUGUAAAAUUUGAAGAUGCAUUUAGAACUAAAGCAGUUUCAAAAGAAAAAGACUUUAUACAUGAAUUUAAAGAUUUAAACAAAAGUAAUCAUGAAGAUUGGAUAGAAAUGGAAAGAUUUUAUUGUUAAUAACAUGAUGUUUUGAUUUUAGGAUAGAUAUUAAAGGAAAUGUAUUAAGAAUUUCCAUUUUAGGUUAACUAAUAAAACUUUAUAAACAAAUGCCUCAGAAAGAGCAAGGUAGAUUUCAAUCAAUAAGACUAUUCAUGUUUAAAGAUCACCAAAACAUUAUUUAUAUUAACUUUUAUAAAGAAUGUUAGAACCUGAUCCAAAGAUUAGGAUUACAACUUAAAAUGCCAUUUAUUUAUUAGAAGAUAUUGAUUUUGGAGAUGAGAGUUAUGAAGAUCUUCCUAAUGAUACCUAAGAAAAUUAAAAUUUCAAACCUGUGAAAUCUAUCUCAACAUAGAUAUUAAUCGUUUGA